AUAUAAUUGUAGUGGUACGGAAAAACCGGUCCUCCUUCUCAAGUGUGACGGCAGAGUUUAACCACUGUCCCCCGAACACUCGAUCACCAUGUCCAAGAAAAGAGCUUCCAAAACCAAUGUCAGCGAGAACAUCUCUCUAGGCCCUGUUGUGCCUGAGGGCCAGAAUGUGUUCGGUGUAUGCCACAUCUUCGCCUCUUUCAACGACACCUUCGUGCACGUCACUGACUUGUCCGGUCGCGAGACUUUCGUCCGUGUUACCGGUGGCAUGAAAGUGAAGGCCGAUCGUGACGAGUCCUCUCCCUACGCCGCCAUGUUGGCAGCUCAGGAUGUAGCCGUACGCUGCAAGGAACUCGGAGUCACUGCACUGCACAUCAAGCUGCGUGCGACUGGUGGUAACCGAACCAAGACCCCAGGACCCGGAGCUCAGCAGGCGCUGCGUGCUUUGGCCCGUGCCGGUAUGAGAAUUGGUCGUAUCGAAGAUGUGACGCCUAUCCCCACCGACUCUACUCGCCGUAAAGCCGGUCGCCGUGGACGUCGUCUAUAGAGGUGCUUGGUGUAUCUAUCUAUGUGAUUUAUACAUGCAGUAUAUAUAUACGCUGUGUGGGUAAGGAUGUGGACAGGUGGCUGAUAGAACCCGAUUUAUUUCGUGGGUGGAUUCAGAUUUAAAAUUAAGUAUGGUUCUGUUUGUGCCGGAGUGCGCGUAAAUGCCAUUCCAGUACCUUGCAGUACGUCAAGUUAUUGCUGGAGAAUAAAGAAGGUCCGUUGGUAAUAUACUUUUGUUGUUCUUAUCUUGAGCUCUAUAUCUGAAUGUAUACAUUGUCAUAUUGCGUCUGGAUCUGGGGCCUCUCGUUAUUUGUCGCAUAUUCAGUUCUAUUUUACAGGUCAGUUCUACAAUUGGCUUGCUGGAAUAUACGGUAAUAAAUUAAGUAUGUCAUGAGACAUCUACGUGAUAUGGGCUAUGGCGCCUAGUCCUUUUAGAUACACGACAACGAGCCUCAAAGUUAGUGUUUAUGGAUACGGAUCAUCCAUUGCUCUUGGCCAAACAUAAUAAAGGAAACGUAGGAAGG